GUGUCGUUCGUCGCCGUCGUCGUCUUCGUUUUAGUUUAGUUCGGAAUCGCGAUCGCGCGCGCGCCCUCUGAGUCACAGAGCACCACACAGUCACACGCGUAGACGGUCUUGUGAUAAGAGAAACCGUCGCACAACAACACACAGCAAAACAAGCGAGUCACGCGCAAUUAGCUCUAAAUUGCUCGAGCGAUCAAGUGGAUUUUUUGUAUGAGUGUGUUGGUGUGUGUGUGUUGCAUAUCAUUAGCGACGCGAUGCAUCGUGUUUGACACACGAAUACAAUUUAUUGGAAAACGAAGUGCAGCUGAAGCAAGGUAGCAGCACCAGCAACUCAGUUCAGGAGGAAAAGUGUGUGUGUUCAAACGAAGAUGACCGACUUACCCGAGGUGGUAAUGCCUUGAGCCAAAGUCCGAAGAGAAGUGCAGCCGAAGACGAAGAAGACGGUGAAGAAGUGUUGUGUGCGAUGAUACAUCUGUGAUAACCUGGAAAAGGUGAAGCAAUGAGCUAAGAUUUCAACGCAGUACCUCUGCCCGAAAAAAAUAAAUAAACGGAAAAAGUGUUUCGAUUGUGUUCAGAGCAGUGUUCCCAACAGCAGUGUGCGCGGCAGAAGAGGAGCUAAAACGUUGGCUCUACCUCCUCGUCCGCAGCAGCCCCCGGCAACUCCUCCCUGUAGAGCUAUGAUAUCAGUGAAACGUUGCGCAGCUACCAAUCUCAGUGCAACUCCUCACCAUCAUCAUCAUCAGCAGCAGCACCACCACCACAACGGUCACCACGUGCCGGUCCAAGUACGCAGCCUCAGUGCAGGUCGCGCCGCCGGAAAGUCCAACGGAACCGCCGUCUCCGGCAUUACCGGCAGCAACAACAACAACCGGCUGAUCCGCAGCCGGAACAGUCCGUACCUCGGCGGGGGGUACUCUUCCGGUGGGAGCCCCGGAGGAGGACCGGCCAUCAUCGCGAACGGUGGCAGUUUGUAUUACAGCAACAACAGCGUGCUCGGCCCGACCAAGAGUCGCAGUGGGCUGUCCGAGGCUGGUAGUGACAUUUACGACGAGCUGGACAGUUUGUUUCUGGUGCCAAAAUGUGCGCUCACCUACGAUAAGGCGAUGAGCCUGCGGAAGGACCUGGCCGCGUACGACUUCAACAUCCGCAUUCUGGAGGAUACCCCGCGGGGGAACGUGUGGAUAUCUGGAAACAGGGAUGCAAGCGUACAAAAACAGACAAGGCCAUCUUCAGCCAAUAAAGACAGGCACCAGCGUCCACAUUCUGUAAAUCAUACACUGCACUGGUUCGCCUGCGUGGGCGAGGACCUGGACAGUGCUGCCCCUGCCACUGCUACUAAUGGUUAUGGGAACGAAGACGAGCUCCAGCGGGAACGCGAGGAGCGAAUAAAGCAAACGAAGGAGCGCCAGAAUGAGGAACGGCAGCGCAAACUAGAGGAACUCAAGGCACAAGCACUGGCGGCGCAAAAGUUCCGCGAGCAAAAAGAGGAGGAGCGCCGACGUCGGAUGGAGGACCUGCGGCGGCGGGAGAACGACCGGCGGUCACAGGUCGAGGAGCGGCGCCGCGCGAUACAGGAAGCGGAAAACGAACGCCGCCAGUACAUCCUGCAGAAGAACCAGGAGCGGGACCAGCGGAUGGACGCCAAGCGGCGCAACGAGCGCAGCUCGAUCCAGUUUGCGUUCGGGUCGAGCACGCCGCGCAUGAUCGAAACCAGCGACAGCGGCAUGUGCAGCUCGUUCUGGGCGCACCGGAGGGCCACCUCCAUCACGAACGUGGCGUACACGGGGGCACCGCUGACGCGCCGCAGUUCCGAGCGGGAACUGACCGACGGAAGCUCGAAAAAGCGUGCUACCUCCGCCAGCGGCCUGGACAGAUCGACCGACGACAUGAGACGCAUGUCCAGCUCGAUGUACGAGGUCUUCAACUGGGCCAGCUCCGGCGCCGAGUGCCCCAAGAAGUUGACCCUGUCGCUGGCCGGUGCCGGCAUCAACAUUGACGAGCCACCGUCCCGGGCGGAACGUGCGGCGGCGGCGGCGGCCGUCGCGGCCAGAAAGGACGAUUCGGCUGACAUGAGCUACCAGCGUACCGUGAAUCGUCGCAAAACCGAUCUUAUGCCCACCAUUCCUAGUCCUCGCGAUAGCUCUAGAUCAUCUCUCGGCACUCACACCCCCAGAACACCAGGUCGAGCCUUCUCGAUGACACGCUUGGACCAGCUGGCCCAGCCGCGGCGCCGUAACGGCGAACACAUCAGUGCAAUCCUGGAGCGCGAGCGCCGCCAAGCCCUGGAGCUGGAGAACAUGACGCGGCUGUCGCUGUCCUCGUCCCGGUCGUCCCCGACGGCGGACGGCAAGCGGAUGUCCCGCAGCAUGUCCCAGCUGGCGACGGCCGGCCACCACCACAGUGGCAAAUUCCGGUUCCACGACUCGUCGUCCUCGUCCGUCGGCGGCCGUGGUGCCCGCAAGUCCUCGUUCAACGCGUCGUCGUCCCACUCGGACUCGCCGAUGGGACGGGCGGACACCUCCAAGAGUAUGUCCCAGCUGAACACGGCCGGCCGGCACCACGCGUCCACGCGGCUCUCCAGAACCGAGCGCCUCCGCCAGCAGGUCCGGGAACAGCUGAACGGCUCCCACCAGACUUCCACGCUGGUUUCCACGACCGCAACAGGUUUGCGUUCCGGCGAAAUCACCCCGAACAGUCUGAACCCGUCCCGGCCGGGCAGUGCCAUGUCCAGCUCGACGACCGCGUCCGGCGUCGUCUACCGGCGGUCCCUGCCAGCGUCCGCCGGAAGCCAGCGCAAGCCCCGCCCCAUCUCGAUCGCCGUCACCGGAGUGUCGGGCCUCGCGAAAGAAGAGAAACCGCCACUUCCGAAAUCGUCCACGGGCAACACCAGCUCGACCAGCCUGGAACGCAAGCGAUCCCAAAGCGGCACCAGCACACCGGCCAAGCCGGCCGCUCCGGACACUCCGGCCCGCAAGCACUCGAGCGCCGAGCGGCCACAUCGCGUUGGCAGCAACAGUGCGAGCGCUCGCGGCACUCCGAAGGCGUCGUCCACGCCGCUGCAGUCCCCGGGACCGGAAAAGGCCAACCGUACGCUGCACGAUUCGCUGGUCAAGACGGGCAAGAAGCAAGCCAGCCAGGAACAGCUGGCGACACCACUGCCCAAGGAGGGCUCCUCGGUCAGUGCCAAGAGCGCCGACGAGAAGCCGGUUGAGGUCGUGGAACAGAAGCACGAGGAACAGCUGACGGAGACCAUCGCAGCGGUGGAGAGCGUUGUCCAGGAACAGCAGAUCAUUGUGACUGAAAGCAAGACGGAAGCGGAGGUCGUUGCCGAGCCGGAACCCGUUAAGGAACAACCACAACUGGUUGAACCGGAUCAGGUUGCCAACAGUCACGAGGAGAAGAAGGAUGACAUGAAGGACAGUACCGUGGCGGCGCCACUGCCAGCUGCCGUCACCAACCUGCUCGACGCCCAGGACGGCUCCAACGGAGAUCUGAUGACAGCUUCGAUGAUCGCAAAGCGCAUCACCACCGAGGAGGAAGCCAAGGCUGCACUGGCCGAGCGCCGUCGGCUGGCCCGCGAGGAAGCCGAACGUCAGGCCGAGCUGGAGCGCCAGCGCAUCGCCGCCGAAGAGGAAGCCGAAGCGCAGCGUCAGUACGAGGAGGAGGAGCGACUGCGCAAGCUCGAGGAGGAAUCGAUCAGGCUGGCCGAGGAAGCCCGCCGCCUGGAGGAGGAACGUCUGCAGCAGGCCAUCGAGGAGGCGACCAAGCGCGAGGAGGAAGAGAAGCUGCGCCGUGAAGAGGAAGCCCGCCAGAAGAUCGAGCGGGAAGAAUCGGAGCGAAAGGCCCGCGAGGAAGCGGAACGUCAGCGCAUCGAGAUGGCCGAACGACUUAAGAAGGAGGAGAAGGAGCGCGAGGAGCGACGGAAGCGGGUGGAGGCGAUCAUGUCGCGUACCCGGGCAAAGGGUGGCAGUGCGACGAACACGCCGACGAAGCAAUCCGACGAGAAGGAUAACGCCAUGAGCAAGAGCCACAUCGUCAUGUCCAGCACACCGGCCGUAACGGCCGACACGACCAUGUCGAUGACGGAAUCGAUGCUCGGAUCCGUUGAUCAGCCGCAGCAGUCACAAGAGCAGGACCAGGCGCCCUCCUCCGGCGCGGAAUCGCUCGAGCAAGCCGUCCAGGCGCUCUCGCUGGAGAACAACAACAACAACGCCAACAGCAACGGCAACGGCAACCACAACAACAACAACGGCGACUACGAGCGCUCCGUAACGGAGAAGGAGAACCUGCUGCUCGGUGCGUUCAACAACAACGGCCACGACAACAACGGCUCGUCGGCCGGCAGCCAGCAGCCCUCGUCGCUCGAGUCGAGCUCGACAACGCCCGGCGCCACCACCAACGGCAAGUCGACGCCCGGCGCAACGACGAUCGCCGAGACGACGGAGCUGAUCAUCGAGGACGCGAUCAUGAGCGGCCAAACCAACGGCCACAAGAACGGCAGUAUUGAUAAUGUGUUUACACAAAAUCCGCCGACUGUUGAUGCAAAAUUCCUAACGCACUUUGACGAUGCCGACGAGCUGGCCCCGGUCCUGCCACCGUCGGACGCCACCGACAAUCUUACUAACCCGUUGGACGCUGCCAACGACGACUUGGUGGCAGCACCACCCACGAGCCAGUUGAUCGAUUUCAGUAGUUUCCAAUCGUUGACGGCCGAGCAGUCGGAGCAACCGCCGCAGCAACCCGCCGACGACCAAGACCCGUUCAAUCUUAACAUCAACAGUAUCAACAACAACAACACUAACAUCAACAACUCCAGUAGCGUUAACCCUUUCGAUGAUGAUAGUAGUAGUCUCGUCGUGACCGGCUCUACUACUUCCUUCUCCACCAACACCACCACCUCCCUGUUUGGCGGCAGCGACGCAAAUCUGAUCAGUAAUAGCAAUUUCUUGAAUAACAAUUCCACGAGGCUAGUCGUGACAUCCGACGGUCAAGAUAACCGAGACUUGUCGCUCUUGUGAACGAAUAAACAAAACAAAAUAUGCUAGGCAGAGGCAGCACCACACGCACUCACACCAACCAGACAAGGUGUGGAGGAGAGUCAUCUCGCCCACGGCUCUCGCGGGGCGAAAAGAAACCCCCCGUCGUGAAAUGCGAGCGAGAAAAGGGAGAACAAAAAAGUUGCUCUAGUACUGCACCACACAUAAACAUAAAAACACACACACGCUAGUGAUACUACCCCUUAAUAAUUAAACUACUACGAUUAAUUGAUUCUCGCGCCGAUUUUGUGCUUAUUCGCGCGUGCGUUCACAGACAAAUAGACACAGUUUCACCAGCAGCAGCAGAAAAUUAUGAUGAUGAUGAAAAAGAUGAAAAGCAUAUAAAAACACAAAACAGAAAAAAAACACACAGAUACUAACUAGAGGGAAACUAAUAUAGUGAGUUGUUUCAGGAGCAUGAGGUUAGGCAUGAUUGGCAGGAGUGAACGAAGAAAGCGCGCGCGAGUUGAUUCGACUAUUUGCAUAUAUAUUAUAUAUAAAAAUAUUAUAACAAAAAAAACUAGAAGGAAGUACUAGAACACACAAACACACUCACACUUACACGCAAAAAGCAGAUGGAAAACCGGAAACAGAGGGCGCAACCUGAAGGUGAGUAACGAUGAUCUGUGCUGUUCAAAAGUAGCUAGUUUUUAUUCAAAGAGUGAUGGUUUGGAGCUGGGGGUGAAUCAAAAAACUCCCGGGGUAAGGUGGGCGAGAGAAGGGCGUUGAGCCGGGCUUGUGGGGAGGGCGAUUAUUUUUUUUAGAAAAUAUUUUCCGUGCGAGCGAUUCUAAGUGUAGCAGCUAAUUGUUUGUGAAAAUUAUGUAAAAACAAUUUAUUUUUGUGAUUUUAUAACGUCUUGGUUUGUGUCAAUUACAAAAUUUACCGAAAAAUUGGUUUGAUUUCCAAAAAAAGUAUUUAAAAUUGAGAGAUCUUCACACUGGCUAGGCCGGCGCCGUUGGUGGUCUCCGCCAGCGCGGCUCAAUCUUCUCUUGCGGCAGGUGCUAUUUAUUAACAGAUGUUUUGAGGAUGAAUGGACAGCGUGCUAGCUGCGGAAACUCUGUUUCGCGUAAUGUAAUCAAAAAUCAAUAGCCACUAAGCAGAAAAAGUCUUUUCUUUUCAAGCCUGUCAAAAUUCAACCAGAUUUGCGCAGUGUUGUACUAGAUUCCAGAAUAUUGACUACUGCUUAGCAAGCGGCAAACACUGACUAAAAAGGAAACUAUUGAAAUUAAAGCAAAAUAUAUCAUUAUAUAUUCAAUGUUGAUACAUUUAAAAACAAAAACACACACACAAACACAACUAUCCAAUUGAUUGACUAUUAUUAUAACCAUUAAAUUACUACCAAUUGUGCAACCGCGCCCUUAUUACUUCUGGCUUUGUUUUAGUCUUGAGGUAAUCGAAAAAAAAUAAAAAUAAAAAAUACUGAAAUCAGUCAGAAUUCAGUUUAGUUUGACUUGUUUCAAACUUUCCCCUCGGCGCAGUGCAUUGUGUCGCUGGGACGUUAAAAUGCGAAAGUAAUAGAAUUGUUUAAAUUGAAGAGAAAAAAAACCUAGUAUUCUAAUCUGUUAAAUUAUGUAUAAAAUAAACACUGAGAAAAAAAUUGCUGACGCAAAAAUGAACCAUUAAAUAGGUGUAAUUUAAUGAUAAAUCUAUACACAAACACACUAACACACGAACACUGAAAACACUUUGACACGAAGAGGUAAGCAAGCGAGAAGAUGAAAAAUCACGAUUUAAAAGAGUCAUUAAAAUUCAAGAGAAAUCAAAUAUCCCUUUUUGCUAAUAAAAAAAAGAAAAGAGAGAAAAGUGCAUCAAAAAAGGCAAACCUACUAUUAAUCUUAAAUUAUAUCAACUUUUUUUUCUUGCGUACGAUUUUCGUUUUGUUUUCUCUCAAACAAAAGCAAAAACAAAAAAAAAUAAACAUUUCCUUUCGAUUCCUUCCUUCUUGUUGGAUGCAAACUUGCGUGCAAGGUUCGCGUGCGCGCGCACUGUACUAGAUUGUUUUUCGUUUACGUUUUUUUUGCUCAUGAAACUUGUUACGGUAGUAGAACGCAUUUGCAACUCAAAGAAAAAAAAAUUAAAUCGAUUUGUCAAAUCCAGUAUUUACUCCACACAAAAAUACACAUUUUGAUCGCGAAUUAAAAAGCUAAAGUAAAAACAGGUUGUCUAAAGCAAAAGUCACACAAAUACAGAGAUCGCAAUCGGCCAACAAUAAUUUGAGCUUGUGGAAUACGUAACAAACAAAAAAUAUUCGAUGCAAUCGAAAGAGAGAAAAAAAAUGGUUCGAAGGCAAUGAUAAGGAAGGGAUUGAAAUGUUGAGAUGAGAAUGGAAAACAAACACAUAUUUAAAGAAGAAGAAAAAACAAAACAAACAAUACUAGAAGACAGUGAAAGAAUGGCAGGAUGAUGACGAUAAGUAUGUAGACUGGAAUGAUAAUGAUGAAGAUGAUGAUGACGCAUCUGUGUAGAUGAUAGUAGGUAUGAAGUAAUGAAAGCUGAGAAGAAAACAAAGAUGAUAAAGUGAACAGAAAAGAAGAUUAAUAACUCUAUUAAUGCUUGUAAUAAAUGCUUUAUAUAUAAAAUAUAUAAAAUCAAUAAAAAUAUUUAAACGAAA